UUUGGACUCCUCUCUGAGAACACACUCUCUGUUGCCUUGCUGGCUUUCUUCAGUCUCUCCCUGCUUUGUGCUGGAUACAGCUGAACUGAAUACUUCAGAACUUUGCUGAACUUUCAGAAAGAACUGCAAACAGAACUUUUACAUCACAGCAAACUGGAAAACAGCACCAUGGAUAACUCUGAUGAUUACUACCCAGACUAUGAGGACCUUCCAAACAACAGCAUGUGCGACUAUGAGGAGUGGGCCCCGUCAUACUCCCUCAUUCCAGUGCUCUACAUGCUAAUUUUCAUCCUAGGCCUUUCAGGCAACGGCAUCGUCAUCUUCACCGUUUGGAAGGCUCAGGGCAAGCGGAGGGCAGCGGAUGUCUACAUAGGCAACCUGGCGCUGGCUGACCUGACCUUUGUGGUGACCCUGCCGCUAUGGGCUGUGUACACAGCCCUAGAGUACCACUGGCCAUUCGGUGCUGCCCUCUGCAAGAUCAGCAGCUACAUUGUACUGCUCAAUAUGUAUGCCAGCGUCUUCUGCCUCACUUGCAUGAGCUUGGACCGCUACCUGGCCAUUGUCCACUCUCUGACCAGCUCCCAACUGCGCACCCAAGGCCACAUGAGGGCAUCUCUGGCUGCUAUUUGGAUCAUCUCUGGCGUCUUGGCAUCUCCCACACUGCUCUUUCGCAACACCAUGUACGACAAAGACACCAACCGUACCUCCUGCGCCAUGGAUUUCAGCCUGGUGAUCACCAAACCCGGCCAAGAGAACCUUUGGAUCGCUGGGUUGAGCAUCUCCUCCACUGCCCUGGGCUUUGUCCUCCCACUCCUGGCCAUGAUGGUGUGCUAUGGCUUCAUUGGCAGCACCAUCACUCGGCACUUCAACAGCCUGCGCAAGGAGGAUCAGCGCAAAAGGCGUCUCCUGAAGAUCAUCACCACGCUGGUGGUGGUUUUUGCAGCCUGCUGGAUGCCCUUUCAUGUGGUGAAAAGCAUGGACGCCUUGUCCUACUUGGGCCUGGCACCGGAUUCCUGCAGUUUGCUCACCUUCCUGCUCCUGGCCCACCCCUAUGCAACCUGCCUGGCCUAUGUCAACAGCUGUCUCAACCCAUUCCUCUAUGCCUUCUUUGAUCUGCGCUUCCGCUCCCAGUGCCUGUGCUUGCUGAAUCUAAAGAAGGCACUCCAUGCAAGCCCCGCAAGCUCCCUGUCCUCUCAGAAGACAGAGGCGCAGUCGCUGGCCACCAAGGUGUGAGGGGCUGGUGAGUGGAGGCUUUUUUGCAGGGAAACAUCGCUAGACUCUUAAAAGAAGUCUUCAUCUCGUUUAAGCCUUCACAACUUAAAGGUAACUCUUAUUUAAUUUGGAGAAGCACCACUGGACUCUUGAAGGACGUCACCCCUAGAUUCUUGAAGGAGGUCACAAGCUGACCUUGUUCAAGCCUUCAAGGUAGCUCUAAAGAUCUUAGACUCUUGCAAGAUGUUGCAAGCCUUCAUAACUUAAUGUUAACUCUACAGAUCUUGGAGGAACACUUGCAUGCUCUUCCUCUUGUAGUCCACCAAAAGACACCUUAAGGAGCAGCAUGAAUGAAUGUGCUGGUUGAUUUUAUCACCUUUGGGCACUCCAAGGACUUAGAAGUGAAUUCAACACAAGAGUGCAAGAGUGGCUCCGGUCAUGCAGGCACCAGGGCUCCAGAGCCAUGGGCCUUACUUUUCAGCACCCCGGUAAUGCCUCUGGAGAGCAGAGCACCACAGACAGCUGUGCUCCAGACGUUUUGGGGCAGAAUUCCAGACUGUCUCUCAGGCUGGUGGGCCUCAUGUGGACUUUCCAGACUUACUCUGGGGACUCUGAGACUUAGAGCUGAUGGGCAGCCUGGUGGGUGGCCUGAAGGACAGAUUAAGAGAUAUUUGCUCUCAACUUUUUAAAUGAGCACAUUUUUAAACCGUUUUUAUUAUUUCAUUUCUUAAGCACUUGGUCAGAUGCAGAUAAGAACCUUGUUUUUGUUUGACCAUUUUAGCUUUUAGCUAUUGUCAUCAUGACUGAAGUUCAAACUUGGGGUGGGGUGUCAGUCGAGGCGAAGUGUUGCAACUUGAUUAAAGAGUUUCUGAGUGUGUGUGUGGGUGGGGGGCUCAGGGGGAGACGGGGGAUCAGACUGACAGAUGGUAACUGACAAAUGUUGGAGGGCCAAUUAAAAGGUGGCAGCUUUUACAGAUGAGAGACUGUGACGUGUGUUUGUGUGCUAGUGGACAUUUGUGGAAUGUAAUUGGUCAGUUUCUCAUUUUCUGCCAUGAAUUAUUUUGUAAAUAAUUAUAUGUAUUCUGUGAAUAAAACAUUUCUUCAACUGAAAAAGCACUCUUUUUGUUAGCGUUCUUGCUGUUUCCUUCACAGACUGCGCUGAAAUGUCUUUAGCAUUAGCUGUUUCCCUGUUUUCAGGCAGCAGUGAGGUCAUUUAUUGUCCUCCGUCAGUCCAGAAUCAAAGCAAAUGUCCAACAGGAAAUGCACGUUACAGACAGAUUUCCUCUCCUGCUACUUGCUUCAUACAUAGAGGCCCCCAAACAUCAGCAUUUUUCUCCUCUGAGAAACAGAGCUGCAUGGAAUUGCUGUGCGUGUGUUGUUGCAAUCACAAAAUUUCUGGUAUUUCCUCUGAUAAUUUCAGCAAACAUGAACAUACAUCACACCAUUGUCCUGACUCUCAAGCCGCUUUUCACACAUACAAACAAUAAUAAUGAUAAUAAUCUUUCACACUCUGAAAACAGACUUUAGCUAGAUGUUUGUGGGCUCAUAAUUAUUCAAAUUAAGCACUUACAAACAAAUGCUGCAUGUACAUCAACCCCCUAAAAGGCCGCCCCUUCAUUAAGCCAUCUUUGCACUAAUGAGCUUUGGGCUGGACAUAAUCUCAGCUGGAGGGAGUUACUGAAAAAGUGCCAAUUUCACCAACCCCCACACGCAGCAGGCACUUAAUGUAACAUACGCAAUAUGGACUGGGUUAUUAGCACUGUAUUACAUAAAUACACAAUUAGAGUUAUCACUGUAUUAUAUAAACUGAGUCGCAGUGGGGAUUUGAAUGAGUCAAGGGAGGUAGUUUUAUUUACAAUCUGUAAAUGCUGUCAUUAAAUAAACUGCAUUUUAUGCUGGGGUAGCAACGCUCCACAGUUAUGUGCAAAAGUUUGGGUGCUCCUGCUCAAAUGUUGGUUUUGUAAGUAUAAACAAGCAAACACGUCCUCUACAGAGAACACAUUUCUGUAUGUUUUGAUCCACAAUUACUCUUUAUUUGCUGAAUUUAAUGGUCUAAAGUUAUGGCACAAUUUAUACUGUGUGGUUUAUUUUUUCCCAGUAAGGUAAACUUGCAAUCUUUGAAAAAUGCCAUGUUUAAAUGUGUUAUUUUCACUUAUUUACACUUAGAAAAGCAACCAAACAUGUCAUUCAACCAAGUCUUUUGGACCAGCUGUAUAUGCUGACUGUGUGUCAUUUGACAAAAAUAUUUGAGCCUUAAAUUAUCACCUCACAAUGUUGCAAAUGUUAUGCAAACACAAGGUUUUCAUCCAAACAAUUGAUCAGAAUAUUAUUAUUAUUAUAAAAAAAAGUUAAAAAAAUUAAAACACUACAAUGGACACAGUAAAUUCAUCCCACAGGCAUACAACAAUGUUGCCAUGACUACAGAAUUGUAAUAUGAGAUGAUGAGCUUAGGUUUUUAAACAAUAAGCUUAUUAUACAGGAAUUUACAUGAUAACUACUAUGAAUAGUUUACAAUACAGAUAACUUCUUGAGGUAUUCAGUGUCUACUGAAACUAAUGCAUGAGGUCUGUAGUUAUGAAGGUAAGGAACAUACAGACAGAAUUUAAAGUGUUAAGGACUUAAGGAAUAUUAUUCAGAUUCCAUUUCCCAGAAUGUCUGUUUAUAUAAACAGUAAUUGACGUUUCAUAUAAUAAAAUGCUGAUAUUUCUGAAUAUGUUUUGAAAUAACAAUAAAUCCUUGCCUUGCACAAACAAUCUGUUUCCACAUUAACAAUCAAAUAAAGAAAUCUGAGUCCCUAUA